ACUCAUGAUUCUGAAAUUUUGUUUCCUAUAGUGCCUGUUGUUAAAAACAAAGUAAAUAAAAAUAUAAUAAUUGUGAGUGCAUUGAUAAAAAAUAUAAAUAUAAAUGUUGUAGGAACAUUUCCAUGGACGUAAAGUAUCGAGAGAUAUUUUUUAAUAAAGAGCAUAAUAGUUAUAUAAAUAAAUAAAUUAAUUAAUGAACAUAUGUAUAUAUAUAUAUAUACAUAUAUAUAUAUAUAUAUAUAUAUAAGCAUGGGAUGUAAAAAUUAAUUUAAUUACAAUCAAAGUUUAACCAUUUUGUAUGGUUAAAAAUUGAUAAAUUAGUUGUAAAAGUGUUAAGAAAACAGAGGAAAAAGUGAUAAGUGGAAAAAUAACACAUUCCUUUACGAAAAUAACAAAAACGAAUGGUGAAAUGCAAGAAUUUCAACAGAAUUUCGAUGAUCAAGAAAAAGAUCACAACGAGGACGAAACGAUCAUUGUCGUCGAUAUUGUUCCAUCACAAUUUCAACUUCGUUCGUCUGAUAGUCCACCUCAUAGUCCAUCACACAGUUCACGUCAUACCCCAUCACCAGGAAGUCUAUCAAAAACACCAGAAAAAGGAAGUAGCUCGUCAGACGAUCAUCAAUUAACUCAACAACCAUUAUCUUCUAUGGACCCCAAUAUUCGAAGAUAUAGAACGGCUUUCACUAGAGAACAAUUGUCCCGAUUAGAAAAAGAAUUUCAUCGUGAGAACUACGUUAGCAGACCACGAAGAUGUGAACUUGCUUCCCAAUUACAUUUACCAGAAUCAACAAUUAAGGUAUGGUUCCAAAAUCGUCGAAUGAAAGACAAACGUCAACGUAUGGCGAUGGCAUGGCCAUACGCUAUGUAUGAUCCAACGUUAGCUGCCAGCUUGUUCGCAGCAGCCACGGGAUCGUUACCACCGACAUAUCAUGGAACGACGCACUUAGCGUCAUCAUAUCCAGCUGCUGCGGCAGCAGCAUACUAUGCAGCAACUCGAUAUUCUCCCUAUCCAAGUACAGUUUGUCCCACCACCUCAGCAUCCUCCCUCCACAGGCCACAACCGCGGACUGCGGCAACCUAUCCUACGACUCACUCCCAUUUAAUACACCAUACACUCCUACCUCCCCUCCAUUUAACCGGAUUGGGCGUUCCAAGUGUUGGCAGUACCGCCUUUCAAAUCAACGGAGCUACGACUGCUAACGAAACAGCUACUUAUAGGCCACCGUUAUUAAGUCCAGUAGCAACACUCACAGAAGGAAGCAUUUUAAGGACAACGCCAACGUCAAAUUCAACUACGGAACUAACCAACGGUUUGACAGAUACAAAAAAAAAUGACUCGCAGAACGAACCAUAUUGGAUAUUGCUGAUAAUUUUUGGUUACAUCUGAUCGAGCGAAAGACCACUCAUUGCUUAACACUCUCACAUUCUAUUUACGUUUUUUAAAAACAAAAGUCCCAAAAUAUUUCAAAUUGUCGAAGAUUUAUCCGUUUUUUCAGUAAAAAUAAAAAUUUGUUAGUCAAAGAUUUGUCAAAAGCGUUGCACGCAAAUCUCCUUUUCAUAUACACCUCUAUUCAGUUAAUAUAUUAAUCCAUUAAUUAAUGUUAUAAAUAUUACUUAAGAUUAUUAAUUAAAUUUAAAUAUAGAUACUUAAUAAAAGUGAAUAUAAAUACUUUUAUAAUAAAUGAGCAACGAGUAACGAAAUGGUCAACAAACAAAAAGGAUGGUAUGAUCCGUAAUAAAUCGAAAAAAAGAAAGUGACAACCGAAAUGACAAAGAAUAUUUGAAGAAUAUUUGAAACUGCAGAUAAUAAAACUGUUGAAAAUACGGAAAUAAA